AUGGACGACCCAAGCCCGCCGCCUGCCCCCGCCCCCGCAGCGCCCUCCCCGCCCCCGCCGCCCCCCGCCGCCGCAGGCUCCCCCACCGACUUCCUCAAGGGCGUCGUCGGCAAACGCGUCGUCGUCCGCCUCACCUCGGGCGUCGACUACCGCGGCGUGCUUUCGUGCCUCGAUGGGUACAUGAACAUCGCCCUCGAGCAGACCGAGGAGCACGUCGGCGGCACCCUCACCAAUCGCUAUGGCGAUGCAUUCAUCCGCGGCAACAACGUCCUCUACAUAUCCGCCGCAGAGCCGCUCUGAGGUGCCCCAAAAGGCUUCAUCCAUCAUCGCUCGGGGAAUCGGGACAGCAGAGACGCAUCAAUUGUAUUUCAUCCAUGUAUCAUCGCACGCUUGCGCAUCGACCUCGAGUGCAGUACUCAAUUACGCUAAUUCUCUUCAUCAGACCCCGAGUCGUUGAUGCCGUGCGUCCCUGACAUUCACAAUGACACUCGUCGUUUCUCCUGUCCAACACUGCCUCGGAACUACGCGCCGCUCUUUCAGAGGUACGCUUGCUUCGUCACCGUGUCGAUGUCAUUGAGUGGAAUGCACGGAUGCGCGGUAAGCGUGGUCUGAGCAGCGGAGGUACCGUAUGCGCCGUUGAUGUUUUUCGCUCGUCAAUGGGAUGCUUCUGCACGACGACUCAGCAAUGGCGUCCGCCGGGGAACACUCGAGCACGUGCUCAACGCGUCGCGCGGCG